AGGGAAGCAGACGCUAGGGAUACAGUUUGACGGGAACAGAUAAGUCUUUUUGGCUUCUUACAGUCUAAGCUCACUUUACACAAGCUUUUGAAAUCUUCAUAUGGAUUGUUGUCGGAUGGUGAUCUCUAAAAAAAAUUUUUGUAUCUAAAUUUGUUUGCACUCCAAAGUGAGGACUGAAGAAUAGAGCUGGCUACGAUUUUUGAAAAAGCAUUUUUGUCUGUUUCACAGACGCUAGUCGUCCUAUUUUUGUCUCGAGUUGGUGUCUCAACGUGACUUUUACAUCACCGGAGGCCAUGAGUUCCUUGGUAAUGAACACAGUAGGAGAUGGCAAUGGUGCAAGUAUUGACCUCAUCCAAAACAGGAUUGAGUCCCUCAGCAGCAAGAUGGACAAGCUCAUCAACAUUCAAGAAAAGGUCCUCAACCGAUUAGAUGGGAUGUCUCAGGACAUUGACGGUAUUGAAAUGGAUAUGGAGAACCUGAAGGUUGACAAGGAGGAGAUCCAUAUUCCACCCAAGAUGGUGAGCCAGACCCAGGUUAUGGGGCAAGAGGUGAGGGAGAUAUGCCAAGAGAUGAGCACCAUAAUGUUGGUGGUGAACCAGCGGUCCGAGCAGCAGGCCCAGAAGCUCGAAGGGAUGGAAAAGCUGGUCCUCAGCAUGCAGCAGGUGAUCAGCUUCAUCGGAGAGACGGUGAAGAGUUCUAGGGUUAUGGAGCUGAUUUUUAAAGGUGCUGCUGCUCGGAAGGGCUGCAAAUCCAAAGAAAGCAAAGGCAAGCAGGCCAUAAAGGGGAAAUCGUCUACGGACACAAUAAACAAGAAGCUCGACAAGAAACCUACCUCUAGUAAAGCGAGUAAAGGGAAUCAAGACAUAACUCCAGCAUGUGAGCGCAGUUCUCCACAAACCUCCCACAAGAUAAAGCUCCAUGGACCAAAGCUGUACCUCACCUCUCGCAAAUGUGGAAAAUGUUUAAAGGACCACAAAGGUAGAGAUGGGAUAGAUAAGCCCCCAAUGAGUCCAGAGGGUCUGAAAGCUGAAAAGAAGAUGAAGCCUCCGGACGCAGCAGGUGCGGAGACCAACUUCUAUUCACGAGAAAUGAAAAACAUCUCCCUGAAGAAGCAGAUACUGCUUUUCGAAGAGGUGCAGAAACUCAACAGGGAGAACACGGAGAAAUCAGGUCACCAACUCACCGGAGCAAAUCUGGAUCCGGAGGCUGCGUCGUCCGCAAAGGACCAACAACCCGACGCCCCCGAUCGCAGUUUGUUGGACGACCUGCAAAAAGGUUCGCAGGCGGCCGUGGAUGACAAACCUGAAGUCGUUGAGGCGGUCAGUGAGGAGGGGGUUGGGGACGAGGUGAACGAGGCAGAGGGAACCGAGAAGGAACCAAAGCUCCACGUGGAGGAGGCGGCGGAAGAGGACAAGAAGGAAGAUGCUCUUUCUGAAAAAGUAGCUGAAGCCCCACAGUUGCCUGCUGCCAGCAGGGACGACUGCAAAGAUGCACCUUCAUCUCCAGACGUUGGGCAGGUCCAAUUAUUAGAGAUCUGCACAGUGAGCAGCAGCUUCAGUGUGACCGAGGAACUCUUCGUCGUGGAGGAACACACAAAGAGCCUUGUGAUGGUGAAGGAGGACGAAGAGGUGGAGGAGGAGGAGGAGGAGGGGAAGAAGAUGAUGAAGGUGGACAGCGAGGCGGACGAGCAGAAGCUGGAGUCUGAGGGCUGGGCCGUCUUCAGGGCGGAUGGGAUUCAAUUCCAGUUGAACCUGAAACAAAGGGUGGAGAGAGAGAGAAAAGAGAAGGAAGCGGAGAAGGAUGCAGAAGGGGAGGAUGGUGGGGAGGUAGAGCGGUACUUUAUUGACACCUCUUCUCCUCCAGCGGCUCCUUUUAACCACCGGAUAGUUUCUGCCAAACCCAACCAGAUCGUCAACUUCUACACCAUCAACUGGCAGGAGGUCCUCGGCGGGGGUCGUUUUGGCCAGGUGCACAAAUGUGUUGAAAACUCCUCUGGUCUCACUUUGGCAGCAAAGGUCAUCAAAGCCAGGAGUAUGAAAGAAAAGGAGGUGGUGAAGAAUGAGAUCCAGGUCAUGAAUAACCUGGACCAUGCCAGCCUGAUCCAGCUCUAUGCAGCUUAUGAGUCAAGGAAUGACAUCAUCCUUGUACUUGAAUACGUUGGUGGAGGGGAGCUGUUUGACAGGAUCAUUGAUGAAAACGACACGUUGAUGGAGCUGGACGCUGUUCUUUUCAUCAGGCAGAUCUGUGAAGGCCUGCAACACAUGCACAAAAUGUACAUCCUGCACUUGGAUUUGAAGCCAGAAAACAUUCUGUGUGUGAGCAGAGUCACAAAUAAGAUCAAAAUCAUCGACUUUGGUCUCGCUAGGAUAUACAAACCGCGAGAGAAGCUGCGGGUGAACUUUGGCACUCCAGAGUUUCUCGCUCCCGAAGUCAUCAACUACGACUUUGUGUCGUUCAACACAGACAUGUGGAGCCUCGGCGUCAUCACCUACAUGCUUCUGAGCGGCCUAUGCCCCUUCCUCGGCGACGAUGACAACGAGACUCUGAACAACAUCUUGGCCUGCAAGUGGAACUUUGAGGAGCAAGAGUUUACGGACACGUCUGAAGAAGCCAAGGACUUCAUCUCCAGACUGCUCAUUGUGAAUAAAAGUUGGAGGAUAGGGGCAUCCGAGGCCUUGAGACAUCCUUGGCUGUGCAGCCCGGUCCUUCAUCAUCGGCUUCAUACAAAGAAAACGAUGUGCAGAUCACGGCGUUCAUCGUGUGUGCCUACUUCUGAUAGUUGAGGGCUACAAAGAUGAGACGGCUUCAGCCGUGGCCACUUGGACCAACCUUCACGUCCACGCAAAUGACCUUAAUCUUCAGUCCAUGCACCUGUGAAAUGGGCUAAAAUUCAAGAUACCCCACAAACCCUGUCCUGAUCCACUGUUGUUGUGUUUAUGUCAGCGAUAUAUACAAAAACAACAGGCAGUUAAAAGCACUUUAGUUUAGUUGGGAUUAAAUUAGACUUCAGUAAUGAACAAUUCAAAAGUAAGUAAAAAUAACAUUACUAUUAUUGAUAAUGGUCUCCUUCUCCGGUUGUUUGUGUUCGUUAUUUGUUACCUCGUGUGUAGUAUUUUGAAAUGGGUCUAAUGUCCCAGUCCAAGCGACUCAUUUAGUAUUACCACAUAACAGUUUGAUCGGGUGUCGCAACUUUGCCUUGAAAGUUGAGGUCUACAUUGUACUAUCUGCUUCUUUUUGAAAUAUCCACUUAUAACCAAAUACACUGUGCUGUCAUUGUUCAUUGCUUUUGUUUAAAGGUCACAGCAUGAUGUGUAUCACUUGACUGAAUUAAUAUGUGUUGCAUUCAUCCAUCCUGUUAUUAUCUAAUAAUGAUUAUUAUCGGGCUGUAAGUAAAUGCUUAUCUGUGGUUUUAAAAUACUAUUCAAUUUCACAUAUUUAAGGGAAUGGACUCCAUUAAAUUGCUGGAUGUGUAUUGUAUGUUUGGACAGAAUGGGAUUUGUGCAGUUGGUGUCAUGAGCUGUAGCAUGUGCACUUUAUAAUGUUAUUUAUUUAGACAUAGGUCAUACAUGAAGCUACCUUAGUUCCUUAGAAAAGGCUUGUGUGGUCAGAUCCACCCACAUUUUCUUCUUUGCUUUGUCCAGCUGUUUACGAAGGAAAAAUAUUUUGACUUCAAAACCAACCAAAACAGUGAAGGUCUUAUCAGCCUAGUGCACAAUUGUAGAUCUUAAUUGCAUGUGUCAGUGGGUUUUUAGCAGCUAUUAUUGAAGCUCGAGCUAGAAACUUGGACGUAUAACUUUUUUAAACUUCUUUUUCACUCUAGUUGCAUAUUCUGAAGACGCCUUUUCACAAAUCGAAAUGUUCAUGCCUUCUGUGAAGGUUCAUUAACGGAAAGUAAUACACUACCUGCUUAAUGUGGCUUAAGUUGAUGAACUGUUGUUUGAACUACAUUCAUUGAAUUUUACAUUGUGAAUGUUACUUUAUUUGAUGUUGAACUAGUUGUGCUAGUGAAAGAGGUUGUCCUCGCAGAGUUAACCAUUUAAACUGCAGCAUGCAUUAGUGACGUGUGUACACAUCCAUUAAACUGUAAUAAUGCAGCAAAGGGUAGUGGCUUUCCUUUUGUUACCGUUGUUUGAAGCUUGAUGUCAUACACUUCAUGUGUCGAUGAAGAUAAUUGUGAAUUCACACUGUGCUGAGAAACUAAAGCCCUUGGUAAAAACCAUGUGCUUUUGUAUGGAGAAGUAAAAUGUAUGCAUGAAACGCUUUUUUUUUGCAGUAUCCAAUAUACUUCACAGAUUUUGACCCUUCCUAGGAGAAAGAUUAUGGUUUUCAUUUUUAAUGCACAAAAGUAAAGAGGAGUUUGACAUGUAUUUUAUCAUAGUUAAACGGGAUACUGCUUGUGAAUAGGUAGCGAUUUCAAAUUGUCACAGAUACACAACUGAGGUGGUUUUACAGGAUUUCUUUAAGAAACUUCACGAUUCCGCGUCAUCUCAUAUCUUUAGUUCAAAGAAGCGUUGUUAAACUUUGACUAAGAGGAGAACACACUGUUCCUGAAGCAUUUUUUCUCUUUGUUUUCUGGAACGUUUUAACCCUUAAAUACACAAACGCCCUCUGAGGAUGAAAGUACAGCUUAUUCAAGGAGCCUAAUAAACAGCAUCU